ACCCAUUUGACCUAAAUUUCCUCAGUUCUAAAUCGAAAUUAAGGGUUUAAACAUUCAGCUCAAUUUCUCUUCUUUACUAUUAAAAACACUAACACCACUGAACCAAACUCAACCCUUGUUCACCUACCUCCUCCUAUUCGCAAUGCUGUGAAUUCUGCUUUCCACCCUCAAACGAGGAUCUUGUACUCGUUAAAUAAAAAUGAAGCGUGCUUUAAUCAAGAUUAACCCGGGUGAUUCUCAUGUGAGUGAGAAUUUACAAAGUCCUAAUCUUGAUGAUAAAAGAAUAAGGUUAGAAAGGCGAUGGAGGAGACGGGAGAUCAUGGUUGAUAGUUUGAAUCGCAGUCGUGUCGCUAGUGCUACAACGACAGCUUUGAAGAUUCGCGGUAAUACCGAUGUUUUGAUAGAUAAAAAUGAGCAUAGGAUAGAUGAUGAAGCAGAUGAAGAAUGGAAAACAUUUUUGGCUACAUAUAGGAGUGGUGAGGAUGAUGAUGAUGAUGAAAUGGAUGAGGAUUACGGCUCCUUUUUAGCUACAUAUAAUUCUGAUAUUGAAGCUGACUGUGCUAGUAAUCAUAGUGGUGGUUCAAACAUUGAUCAUGAUGAAGCAGAUGCAGAAUACCUAUCUUUUUUAGCUACAUAUGAUCCUGAUGUUGAAAAUGACAGUGCAGGUAAUCAAAGUGGUGGUUCAAACAUUGACAGUGAUGAAAUAGAUGCAGAUUAUGUAUCGUUUUUAGCUACAUAUGAUCCUGAUGUUGAAAAUGACAGUGCGGGUAAUCAUAGUGGGGGUUCAAAUGUUGACGUCAACAUUGGAAACAACAAUGUCAGUGAGGAAAUAGAAGAAGGCUACAAUGGUUUUUCAAAUCAAUUUGCUUCUGAUUGUAUUAGCGACGGGGUUGAUGUUGAUGAAGAUGAUCGGUUACUAAGAAAAAGUUUUAAUGUUGGACAAAAUUCACUAGUUUCUGAACAAAAAUUUGAUACUCCUGAAGUGCAAUGUGUUGUUGAUGAAGAUUAUGAACAAUUCCUUAACUCUGGGUGGGUUGUUGAUGGCGAUUUUGUGUAUGGUUGUGAUAAGAAUACCAAAAACGCAUCCAAUGUGGAGGAUGAGAGUAAUUCCUCAGAUUCAGAUCUAGUUGUUUUGGAAUCUUAUCCAAACUGUGAAAACACCCCUUUUGUAUCUUCAAAGGCAUAUGAUUCAUCUUGUUUUGGAGAAGAAAUGCACCCCAAAGACAACAUGCAAACGACUUCUUUUUAUCAUUCGCAAUUUCGGAAAAGACUUGUGGAAUAUCUUGAUAGGCCUUAUGACUAUAAAGAGUAUAAAUCUCUUAUUAUUGAAGCAUAUGAACGAAAGGAAAAGGAGCGCCAUUUAGAAACACGGCGGGGGGUGAUUAAAUCAUAUCACGCUGUAGGUUUCACCAGAUCGUAUCUUGAUUUGUACCCUGAUUUAGCCAAAGCUAUUGCCAUGGAGUCCAAGGAAAAGCCUAGGGUUUUGUUUCUCUUGCGUGGAUUAUUUUUCUGGUUAGAAAACGCAUCCCACGAAGGACAAUUUCAGCCUUGGCGUGACGAAUCUUGUUUGGAGAUGAUGCGAAAAAUGUAAAAAUGGAAUCUUAUUACUUCCUCCGGAAUGAAGUAUUGUCAAAAUUAGCACAUGAAAUGUUAUCUAUCUGGUCUUUCAUUGAGAGUAUCUAGGAUUUGGAAGCAAUGCAUUUUGAAUCUGCACAUACAACAAUGUUUAUGUACAUUUAAACUCAUCACUGAAUUAUGACACAUUAUGCUGUAGCUGAAUGUUAAAGGUACUUCCUCGUUGUCUCUUGGAGGAAGAAAAUCACAUAUUUGCAAUUUUUUU